AUGUAUUUGUCACGAAGAAAGAGACUUCAGUCAAGCCGGAUACUGUUCCUUCUUUCGGGUGUUUUGAUAUGUUGCGUCUACCAGUUGACUCUUAGGUCCAAGCGGUCAGACCCCUGGUCAGAGCCCUGGGCAGAACAACAAGUUGAGGAGGAGCCUGGUGAGGAGGGUCACACUGUCACUGUGCUUGAAAUCGACACACGGGAGAUGACAGUAUCUACCCAAAAAGCAGAGGAGAACAUCACAGAAAGAACUGUCCAUUCAACCACCACGGAAAGUCAGACGGAAGUUCCCACAUCAACAGUCACAACCACAGAAGUUCCACUGGUAACGACGACAAACCAGAGUAACCUCAGGCACUGCAUCUAUGUGGAUCCUGAGCCACCCAAGCCCACUGCACCUCCUAUGACACCCACGCCUCCCAUCACUCCUGUGCACGUGCCCAACACGACGCUCCCCUCUCCUGGUGGUGCCCCACACAUGAAGGGUGACUACCCAAAAGACCUCUUCUCUGUGGAGCAGCGGCGGCAGGGCUGGGUUGUCCUGCACAUUUUCGGGAUGGUCUACAUGUUUGUGUCCUUGGCCAUUGUCUGUGAUGAGUUCUUUGUGCCAGCUUUAGGAGUCAUCACAGACAAGUUGGAAAUUUCAGAUGACGUUGCAGGGGCCACGUUCAUGGCGGCAGGGGGCUCGGCGCCAGAGCUAUUCACCUCCCUGAUCGGGGUGUUUAUCUCUCACAGCAAUGUGGGCAUUGGCACCAUCGUAGGCUCGGCCGUGUUCAAUAUCCUCUUUGUGAUCGGGAUGUGUGCCCUGUUCUCCCGGGAGAUAUUGCACCUCACCUGGUGGCCACUGUUCAGGGAUGUGUCCUUCUACAUCCUGGACCUCAUAAUGCUCAUUAUCUUCUUCCUGGACAAUACCAUCCUGUGGUGGGAGAGCAUCCUCCUGAUUCUGGGGUACAUGUCCUAUGUUUAUUUCAUGAAGUACAACGUGCAGUUGGAGUAUGCCUUCAAGACUCAGUUGAACAAGCACAAGAACAUUGUCAAGGUUAUAGCCCUGGAAGAGCCUGAGAAGGAUGGUGGUGGAUCACCGGGUGAUGCUAACCCUCCUGAAAAUCCAGAUGACAAAAACAGAUUAAAGCUGAAACCUGCCCUUCAGCGAGGGGGAAGCUCUGCCUCUCUGCACAACAGCACCAUGAGGAACACUAUCUUCCAGCUGAUGAUCCACACCCUGGACCCACUGGGGGAAGUUAAGUUUAAGGACAAAGCUGAGAUCUUGAACAACAUGGCCAGGGGGAAGGUAGAGAGCAAGGCACGAGGAAAAGCUGAAGAUGGGGCUGGCAAAUCAGAGCAUCCCAACACCGUGCAGGGCAGCGCCCCGGCCGAGCCCUCUACCUCCCAGCCCCCGGCAAAAGAGGAGGAGAAGAAAGGGCAGAAGGAGAAGGGCAAAGAAGCAGCAGGUAAGGAAGGAGGGGGUUCCGACAGCUCGGGAAGCAGCGGCGAUGACAGCAGCGAUGAUGACAGUGAUGACAGCGAUGACAGCGAUGAAGAUGAAGAGGACGAGAAGGAGACCGAGGAGCCUCUAUCGCUGGAGUGGCCAGACACCUGGCGGAAACAGGCUACCUACCUUUUCCUCUUGCCCGUCGUCUUCCCACUGUGGCUGACUGUCCCAGACGUUCGUAAUCUGGCUUCCAGGAAAUACUUUGUAAUGACCUUCCUUGGGUCCAUUAUCUGGAUUGCUGUCUUUUCGUAUCUCAUGGUCUGGUGGGCACAUCAGGUGGGCGAGACUGUUGGCAUCUCUGAAGAAAUCAUGGGCUUGACAAUCUUGGCAGCUGGUACUUCAAUUCCUGACCUGAUCACCAGUGUUAUUGUGGCUCGCAAAGGCCUGGGCGACAUGGCGGUGUCCAGUUCAGUUGGCAGUAACAUUUUUGACAUCACUGUCGGGCUCCCCGUGCCGUGGCUGAUGUACUCGUUCCUUCACAACCUGGCCCCCGUGACCGUCAGCAGCAACGGGCUCUUCUGUGCCAUCGUACUGCUCUUUCUCAUGCUCCUCUUCGUCAUCAUCUCAAUAGCUUUCUGCAAGUGGAAGAUGAACAAGAUUCUGGGCCUCACCAUGUUCUGUCUUUACUUUGUGUUUCUGGUGCUGAGCGUCAUGCUUGAAGACCGCAUCAUCGUCUGUCCCGUGUCCAUCUGAAUUGCUUCCUGCCAAAGCGUUCACUUACAUUUGCACCUCUGCCACUUUUGUUGGCUGCGGAAGAGAAUCGCUAAUAGUGUGUCACACAAUCAAUCACACACAAAGUCUGCUAGACAGGAUUCUUGUUCAGGCAACACAGCGCUGACGGCAACACAUUUUUGGAAAACUAGCAUAACACUGUUGUACACAUUCA